AACAAGCGAACAAGCGUGCGAGUCGGACGUGGCCCGUGCACGUAUAAACACCGUGUGUGUAACCGCUGUGUGUGUACCGAAAGGAAAGCGAAUAUUUUGCCAACAUCCCGCGUGUCGGUGUGUGUGUGUGCGCGAAUAAAAACCACCCUCAAGUGUUUCUAGUGUGUGAAUCGUGUGUUGGAUUUGAAGUAACAUCUUCAACCCCAGCUAGACCGACGGCGAGCGAAAACUACGACGCAGUGAAGGUUUUUUCUGCUGAAAAAGCAAUUGUUGCUUUAAUCCAAGCAACCAAGUCGCCAAGGGAACAAGUGGCUUGCAGAGCGGAGUGAGCGGUUUUUUUCUGUUUGGUAGGGGUUGAUUGUGUGCGUCACAGUAGGCAGGUGGAAAGGUGUGUGCAGCACGUACCGGGGAAGAAAUUCGCCAAAACAACAGAUCAAGGACGACAGAUCGGUGGAAGCGAACAGAUCAGCGCACGUGUCCUGGUGUUUAGCGAAACAUUUUCUAAAAUCAGUUCAACAAAAAUGAAGGCUAAUCGUUCGUUACUAUUGCGGCUGGUGGCACUAGUGGGCCUGUUGGCGGUAUUGCUUCCCACGGCCGAAUCCUGCAGCUGUCUCCCCCAGCAUCCCCAGACGGCCUUCUGCGAGUCGGACUACGUGAUCGUUGCACAAGUGCUACGUCGCACGGCGUCGAAGGACCGUCCGUUGAUGGAUGCAUACAAGAUUGCGAUCAAGAAAGAGUACAAGAUGAGUGAGGACGCCCGGAAAUUGCUGCGCCACGGUAAACUCUUCACACCGACGCAGAGCUCGAUGUGCGGCAUCACGCUGGAACCGAACAAGCUGUACGCGAUCGCGGCCAACAGCGAACAGGUCGGACUGUGCGACUUUGUCCGUCCGUACUCCGAUCUGUCGAUCGUGGAAAAGCGUGGCCUGGCCGGCAUCUAUCGCAAGGGGUGUCAGUGCAAGAUCAACCAGUGCUGGAACCAGAAGUGCAACCAGCGGAUCGGAUCCUGCAACUGGACACCGUUCGCACCGAAGGGCAUCUGCGAAACGAGCUUCGGUUCGUGCGUACCGGCCGGCAUGGUCCAGCAGGAUGGAACCCCGAUCAAGUGCCAUUGGCGCCGGUCGCCACGCUUUGGGCAGUGCAUGGCAAAGAAUGGUGGCAAAUAAGCCAAACGACAAAGCCAAGAUUCAAGCAAGGAAUUCUUCUGCAAGAGUGGCUUUAGUUGACUGUCGGAGGUGGUUAGAUUGUUGUUAUAAACCAUUUAUAUAUAUGUACUGUUUCGUUCCGAACGUUUAGCCGAGAUUGUUCGAACACCCGUGACGAUUUCCUUUAUUUAUCAAACACGUUAACACGGUAGGGAAGAAAUGCGCUCCUGAAUCUACUUGCGACCAGGGACAGAAAGGAAGUGCAGGGUCUCAGAUUGUGUACAUUAUUUCCUGCACGCACACAUACACAGCCUCCCUCCACACACAAACACCCUCCAUUGUGAGGAGCGGCGAGUGGAUGUCAAAUCAUACUUUUGUUAAGUACAAAUUACGAUUAGCCACUGUGUACACGGACACAACACAACGAAUGAGCCGAGAGCGCCUUUAGGGCAGAGGAAUGCGUAUAAUUGGAAUUGUUGGUGUACAAGUGGAACCGAGAGGUGAUGAUAUUUUCAUGAAUAAAUUAUUGGAAUAUAAUUAGUGUAAAGAAUGGUUCACGUAGUUCA